UCCAGAUAAAGUAAACCUGAAUCAAAUCAUUAUUAUAGGCAUAUGUCUCAGAUUAUAGACGAAAUAAUUUGCAUGAAAUGAUUUUUAUAUUUAUUGAUUAAUAAAAUAUAACUUAUUUUUAUUUUUGUAGGUCAGAGAUUAAUAUUAUUAUAGGCAUAUAUCUCAGAUUAUACAUUUUAUUAUUCAAAAAAAAAAAUUAACCCAAAAUUUCGUAAAACAUAAGCGUUGGCAUCGACUGAAUUCUGAAUUUUGUAGCAUUUCUUCAUAAUUUUAUUUUAAUUUCUGAUUUUCUUGUUGUUUCCAUUCUUCUUCUUUUUCCAAGGUUGUUCAUCUCUGGUUCUCCACCAGAUCUAUUAUAUUGUCGUUGUUUAAGAAGGUGAUGGAUAGAAAUGCAAUGACAACAUCGAUUUUAUUGUUUUUAAUCGUCACUGAUGUUUCCAAUGCUUCUUCGUCUUCGUCUUUGAAGCUUAGAUACUUAGCUAAUGAAUCUCCAUCAAAGAAUGACACCGUUUCUACUUCUACAACGCCGCCUAGCUCUCCGUUGCCAAUUCUUUUAUCGGCUUCAGGCAAGAAGAAAUUGGAUCCAAAACUUGAUCCGAAUUCAUCCAACAAAACGGAUUUUGUGAUGCCACUUCUCGGUGACAAGAAAGAUCCAAAACCAUUGGGUAAACCGAAGAAGGUGAGUGCAUCUCCUCAAAAGGAAAAAGUUAGUGGAAACAAUCCAAGUUUAACUCCAAAUCCGAAAAGUGAUAAAACAAUGAAGGAAAAUAAGGAGAAGAAAAAUAAUGUAGGUGGUGGAAACAAUCUAAAUAGUACAAACACUGUGAAAAGAGGUUAUACAAACAAGGAUAAGGAAAAGAAGAAGACGACAAAGUCAAACGUGAUUGGAAAUGAUUCAAAGUCAAAUAUUGAUGAUACAUGUGCCGGCAUAGCUAGUAGAUGUGAAGACCAAAACUCUUUGAUUGCAUGCGUUAAGGGUUUUGGAACUGGGUCCAAAGAAGGGAUUGUUUUGGUCCAUAAUAAGGGAGAAAAAACUUUGAAUGUCAAUCUUAUAGGCCCUUUUGGAGCAUCUUUUCCCAAGAGACUUAGAGUACCAAAACAUGGUAUUGAAAAGGUAUCUUCUUAUCUUUCUCUCUUAUGCUUUGUCACUCUUUCCUCAUUAUCUUUAGACCUUGUGAGACCUAUUUCAUGAGGAAUAAGAUUCAGAAUAUAUAUAUGUAUAUAUAUUUGUUUUUGGUAGGCUAUAACAUGAGUAUGGAAGAAAUAUUGUUGAUGUUGGGACUUGGAACUUCAGAUUUGUUAAGGUCGCCUCUUAAGGUUGACCAAAAAAAGGUGACCUCUUAAGUAUGACUAAAUAUACCAUCUAAGCUCUAAUGUUAGAUGAAAGCACUUAAUAGGACUUUUCCCGGUUGAAUAUUAAAUAUAUUG